UGAGGAUGUCGUUAAACUGAUUGCCGGCACCUAUAAGGCCGAUGUGAAUGCCAGAACGAAUGGGGGCUAUACACCACUUCAUUUAGCGAUACAAUUUGGAAGAGACAAUAUAUAUGAACUCCUUUGGAAUGUUUAUAAGGCCAACCGAGACAUUAUGGAUUGUAGUGGCAACAAGCCGCUGGACUAUAGCCUCCAGCGACCGAGUGUAUCGGCCUCGACCUGCAGCAAAAUCAAGGCUCGGAAAAAGCAUGCAACCGAAAAAGAUUCGGGCUUCCUGCGGAUUGGUUCCCUGAAUGUUCGAGUAAAGAAAACAACCGAAGCGUUCAGCAACUUCUUGGGAGUGGGGAAUGGCAAUGGCAAUGGACAAGCGCCGAUGGCAGCUGGCGCUGGCGGGGCUAUGGGGGCAGCAAAUCCCCAUCGCCAGCGGUCUCACCGACACCCUCAUCAACAUCAUCAUAUUCAUCUCACUGGUACGACACGGAAUCGACCGCUGGCUCAGAGAGUGACGACGACAACACUAUACGGAACAAACAGCCAUCUGGGCUCAAGGGCGAGUGUUCCUAUUAGCAGCAGUAUCUACGAUGUGGUUCACAAGUCGUGGGGUUCCGCUGACAAUAUCACUCGCCGCCCGGAGGAUUUAAUGCCUCCACCUAAAACGGUAGAUCUACUUGCCAAGCGAUAUAGAUCCCCCAAACGAUCAUCCUAUGCCUCAAAUACUACCGAUUCGCCAAGGGACUCGAUCUGCUCGUCCAAUUCUAGUUCUAAUCUCAAUUCAGGCUAUAGCAGUAUGCCGACAACGCCACAUCAGACUCGCGCCCCAAUAAGUAUAGGCUCUGUGAAUGCAGUCGAUUCCGAUUCAGAUAGCGCCUGUGGUUUCGACUCGAAUUGGUCGGUCAAUGGGCCCAACUCGUUAAGCAGCAACAGCUUGAAAUUGAAAAAGUAUUAGUUACUUCUUAUACCCUGUUUUACAUUACAUUUACUUACAAAAAUGGAAAACAUUUCCUCAUAUACUGUACGGGCUAAUUGAUUAAAUUAAUAUAAUUUUAAAACACUAAUACCUACAUUUGUAUACACAAAGUACAACAAACUAUUACAAGUACAUGCAGAGAUGUAUAAUUUUAUAUGUAAGCCCAAUAAACGUUUUUAACUCAA